GCGGCGGUGUGCGCCGCGGCGGUAUGGACGUUUGCCGCCGCGGCGCCGCGCGGCAACCGCACGACGGCCGUGGUUUCAAUGGGCAGAGGCGAGCGCCAGGCAUCGAUAGGGUUGAGCUCUCCGGCAUGGGCUUCGCGAUCGCUGCGCCGGAUCCACGCCGCCGUUGCCGCUGCUACCGCCGCGACCAUGGCGUUCUUGAUCAAGCGGCCGAGGGUUCUUCAUCAAUCCGGCCUCCCUGAGGGCGAUUUUCAUGGGGAUUCUUGCCCUUCUUCCUCUUCCACUUCGAUUCUCGAUCUUCCGGAUCUCGCAUUGGACGACAUUCUCUCCAGGCUCCCGGCGGACAGCCUCCUCCGAUUGGGCGGCGUGUGCCAGGAGCUCCGGCAGCGCUGCAAGAGCGGCCAUUUCUGGGAGUCGCUAGUGUACGAGAAAUGGGGCGAGAUCGCGGGUCCAGGGGCAUACAGGGAGUGGUGCCGCAAUCCCGUGCUGGAAUCGUCGCCCAGAAAGGGGAGGACUGCGCAAGAGAUCGCUGCCAAGAACGCGUGCGAGCGGCCGAAUUGCGGGUGGAAGCUCUUGUGGCCCUCGAUCGCGGCCGCUUGCUUGUGGCCGCUAUCGGUGGCCAGGGAAAGAUUGAUGGCGUUGCGGAGCAAAGCGCCCAGGCCCUCGGAUUCGCUCAUGGCGUGGUACUGGGCGCUGGAGACCGGGAAUUUGUGGUUUCGUGGCCAAGUCUUUAACCGAGAGAAUGGACAUGUCGGAUUUCUCUUGUCUUGCUACGAUGCGGAGCUCAGCUACGUUCGCUCGAGCGACUCGUUUCGUGCGAGGUAUCCUCCACACGGACCUCGAGCUCUGGUUAUGGAGGAUGAUAUAUCCUGGGAGAGAGUUCGAGCCUCGCCCGUGCAAACUCCGGCUCACGAUCUACACACCUCGGAUUGCUUGGCCGAGCUUAGGCCCGGUGAUCACAUCGAAGUCCAGUGGAGACGAACCAAGGAAUUUCCAUACGGCUGGUGGUAUGGAAUUGUUGGUCACUCUGAUUCAUGUUCCAACGCCGGGAAUAAUAGCAGUCGUCAGCAUUGUUCUUGCCAGAGUGACAAUACCGUAUGGCUGGUGUUCAAUCAGUUCACAAGUGGCUCGAGGUGGAAACGAACACCGAUCGAUCGCGUGAGUCACCGAGAGGAAGGCAACGAAACCGAUGGAUACUAUGGUGGAAUCCGGAAGCUACGAUCAAAGGAUGAGAUUUCUAUGUGGGAGAGGCUCUGGCCAGUUGACAUUUUGGAGUAGACAAGGUAGAAGAUAGAUCAAACAAUUUUUCUUGGCCAGAUUCCAUGGCUUGCGAGACGUAAGAGAUUGUAAAAUUUUAAAACAAAUUCAGGAUGAAACGAACGAGGAUCACUCGGACCAACGUUUUAGAUCAA